UUCUCUGUGGCUCUUGGCACUUGUCAUUCCCAUCUUGCAAUGGCAGAAUAAUGCCGCAGCCAUACAGUGAUGGCCCUCUGUAUUUGUAAUUUUUGGCUUUCAUUAUUCAAUUCAGCUAUUAUUGAUCUAUAGGUACUUAGCCAAUAGUCACCAAGUUUCACACACAGUUCAAAUACAGGUGGAGUUGCUUACAAUGGCAAACACAAUUCCCAAAACUCUCAAAACUUAACCAUUAUCCAGGUGAAUAUGGACUUAAGUGAAGUGAAAGCGAGCUUGAUACACAAUUCCCUUUUGCUUGGACUUGGAAUUCCCAUCUUGCAUCGGCAGAAUAAGAGUACCAGCCACACAACACUGGCCCACUACCAUGGGACCGCAAGAGGAGUGUAGCCAUUCUAGCCACCAAACCUCUGAGAAGUUAUGUGGAAUUGCUCUCAAUAACAAAUACAGUCUCCAGCUCUCACCAUUAACACUCACCAUGCGGUCUCAUGUGGACGACUAAAACCCAUUCAAUCACAGUGGAUCAUGUAAUCAUGUGGAUCAAAUCAUAUCCCCUUUCAAUAGACAAUUGAGACUGACCGAAGUAUGACAAUGGACCUCAUUCUAGAAUUUCUUUUUAAGUGUCUUCAAACUUUGUAAGACCAACCUAAGAAAAGCUCUCUGCCGGAUUCAUGAACGCCUGGAAGUGUGUUCUUAACUGUGCACUGAUUCUUAAAUUGAACGCGCGUUCUCGUACAUCUGAAUUUUAACUUGUUUUUAACUGCGUUUGAGAGUGAGGUCCAUUGUCUUUUGUUUAACCAGCUCCUCAUGGCUCCACCCACAACAAUGGAGCCAUGACAUUGAUUGUGAAACCUGAGUCACUAGAGCGACUAGGAUGGUACAUGUUUAAUAUGUAAUUAUACCAUUUUUCACUCACUGAUCUCACAGUUGUACAUUAUUUAUUUGUAAUGUUUGCAUUUGAUAAAUUACAGCUGAAUAGACUUUUGUCACACUGUGAACCUGAUGAGUUGUGAGGAGCUUUAGGAUAUCAUAAAGAUAAAUAUUUCACUAAAAUAAAAUCCAACUUUGGGAUUUAUGUGGUCAUCAAACCACCUAUACAUGGCUAACCAUCUCUACCCUAGGUGGCACAGCACAUGCAUAUAUGCAACAAUAAUCUCCAGUUUUGGAAUAAUUCUAUACACAACACAAAUACACAAAUUAUAGUAUUGAAGCAUACUGUAAUGUUCAACACAAAAAAAGAGUAUCAGUAUCUUCCAUCUAGAGGUAAAUUACCAUUCAUUUCAGAUUAGAUCAUAGAGAGUCUAGAUCUAAAGUCUGUAGGCAUGUGAAAGGAAUAUGCUAAUAUGCAGGGAAAAAAUGUUCUCUCUGAAUACGACUUUUAUUUUUUUCCCAAGUGCUGUUUUACAACCUUUGUUCUGAGUUUGUCCAGGCAAAUCUUUCCUUUUCUUAUUGCACCUUUGUUGUCUGAUAAUUAAUCUGAAAAGACACAAAGUCCAGCCUACUGAAAAGUAAACACACCUCACAGUGUGUAAACUCCUGAGUCACUGUGAGCCUCUCAACUGGAAUUUAUUUAUUCUUGUCGAGCUACAGCUGCAUGAAAUUCAGACUUCUCCAUGGCUGCUGCACAGAUAUCUGUGAGGAGUGCUUUCACCGGGCUGCUGAUCAGCCUCUUGUGCCUGGGCUCUGCUCAGGGUGGGAAGCUGUUAGUGAUCCCAGCAGAUGGCAGCCACUGGACGGGCAUGAAGCCCUUGGUGGAGGAACUGGGGAGGAGAGGCAACCAGGUGGUGGUCGUGAUCCCAGAGGCCAGUCUUAGCAUGGGCCCCUCAGAGCACACCACCACCCUCACCUUUCCUGUACCAUACACCAAGGAUAGCAUGACAAAGGACCUCAUAAAAAACCUGGACUUUUUAAUGACCAUUGACGUCUCCUCCACUGUGGCAAGGUUAAAGACUUACUGGACCAGCAUGGCCAUGCUGAGUAACUAUACCAUGAUAACCUGUGAAAGCCUGCUGUACAACAAGGAGCUGAUGCAGACCUUACGGGAUUAUGACUUUGAUGCUCUCCUCACUGACCCGUUUUGGCCGGUAGGAAUCAUCACUGGAGCUUAUCUGGACAUACCCUCUAUCUACAUGCAGGCAUUUCUCCCUUGUCCCCUUGACAUUAUAGCCACAAGAUGUCCUAGCCCUGUUUCAUACGUGCCACUGCGCCAAACACACUACAGCAAUCGCAUGAGCUUGUGGGAGAGGACUGUCAACCUGCUGAGGUCUUUACUGGAGCCCGCAGCCUGCAGUCGCCUGUACAUUUAUGCAGACAAGGUGGCGUCCGACAUCUUGCAGAGGGAGACGUCUAUUGUGGAGCUGGCGAGCAAUGCUGCACUGUGGCUCAUGCGCUUCGACUUUUCCUUUGAGUUCCCCAUGCCUUUGAUGCCUAACAUGAUCAUGAUUGGUGGGAUCAAAGCUGGAAAGCCUAAACCCCUGCCACAGGUGAGUUGGAUUUGGUCAGGUGAUGCAAAUGUGGACUGAUUAUCGGCAAUCAAGGCAAAGUACAUUUGGCAUCUAUAUGUCGGAUACAGCUGCAUUAUUCAAGCAGUUAAUCAUUAACUUACUGGAGCCUGCAGUCUUUUGUACAUUCAUGCAGACAAGGUGGCCUCUGAUGUCCUGCAGAUGUAAAAAAGAGCAACAACAAUCUCCAGUCUUGGAAUAAUUAACACAAAUUAGAGUAUUGUAGCAUAAUGUGAU